AUGAGCUCGCCAAAUGCUCAACCGCACGGUCGGACGGGCUCUAUCGAUCCUUUUUCCCAUCCAGACGUCUACUACGGGGAUGACGAGGCUAUCGCCCGCAUCAAAAACCGCAGACGUGCUUAUUCCUCGUCCUUGAAAACUUUCAACCGAGAGGAUAUCCAGGAUUUCCUGGGUGGACAAACGGCGAGAAGAGGGAGCCACGAUGCAUCAUCGGCUCAGCCUCGCAAGUUCCUAAUCGAUGUUGAAGAGACAUUGCACAGUCUCCUGGAGAGGGAGGAUACCGACAAGAACAUGCAGAUCACCAUCGAGGAUGUCGGCCCGAAGGUGCUUUCCGUCGGAACGGCCGCAUCCUCCGGAUACAACAGGUUCGACUUACGAGGAACGUAUAUGCUCUCCAACCUUCUCCAGGAGCUUACGAUUGCCAAGGAUUAUGGCAGAAAAGUAGUCGUGCUGGACGAGGCCCGUCUCAGCGAGAAUCCUGUCUCGCGUCUCGAGCGUUUGGUCAAGAACAACUUCUGGUCUGCCCUUACUCGAUCGAUUGACGGUCACAAUAUCGCCCAGGUCGGAAAAGACCCUAAAGAUUGGACCGAGAAUCCCACGCCACGCAUCUAUGUCCCGCCUGGUGCGCCCGAACAGUUCGAAUACUACUCGAAUAUUGCGAAAUCACACCCCGAGCUUCGUCUGGAGGUGAUCAUGUUGGAGGAGAAUAUCACGCCGGACUAUGUAAAGGAUCUCAACCACAAGCCCGGCCUGCUGGCAUUGGCGAUGGACGAGAAGUACGACCCCAACACCCAGAAGACAGAAUUCAAGGGCGUGCCGUUCGUGGUCCCCGGAGGUCGAUUCAAUGAGCUCUAUGGAUGGGACAGUUACAUGGUAUCUCUCGGCUUGAAUGUCAGUGACCGGGUUGACUUGGCUAAAGCCAUGGUGGUCAACUUCUGUUUCUGCAUCAAACAUUACGGCAAGAUUCUCAAUGCCAACCGAACCUACUACUUGACGCGGUCUCAACCUCCUUUCCUGACCGACAUGGCUUUGCGUGUCUAUGAGCUCAUCAAGACUGAGCCGGAUGCUCUCGACUUCCUCCGAAACGCUAUCCUGGCUGCCAUCAAGGAAUACUACAGCGUCUGGGCCGUAGAGCCCCGUCUAGACCCGGUUUCGGGCCUCUCCCGAUACCGUCCAGAAGGAUGGGGAGUCCCCCCCGAGACGGAACCCUCGCAUUUCACACAUAUCCUAACUCCCUAUGCUGAAAAGCAUGGUAUGUCAUUCAAAGAGUUCGUCAACGCCUACAAUGACCGCAAGAUCGUCGAGCCCGAGCUCGACGAGUACUUCAUGCACGAUCGGGCCGUUCGCGAGUCAGGCCACGACACAAGUUACCGACUUGAGAAAGUCUGUGCCAACUUGGCCACUGUGGAUCUGAACUCGCUCCUCUAUAAAUACGAAGUUGACAUUGCUCGGGCGAUCCGAACCUACUUCAACGAUCGGCUGGAGAUUCCCCGGGAGUUCCGCACCCCGGCGAGCAAGGAUUUCACCAGCGAGGCCUCCUCGGUGUGGGAUCGCCGCGCCCGGAGAAGAAAGCAGAGAAUGGACACCUUCAUGUGGGACGAAGAAAAAGGCAUGUUCUUCGAUUACGACACGGUGAAGAAAGAGCGGUCCACCUACGAGAGCUCCACCACCUUCUGGGCCAUGUGGGCGGGACUUGCCACGCCCUUGCAGGCGACCCAGUUGGUGAAGCGGGCCCUCCCCAGGCUGGAAGCCUACGGCGGGCUUGCCUGCGGUACGGAAGAGUCGCGAGGAGCCGUCAGCCUGGAGCGUCCCAACCGACAGUGGGAUUACCCGUACGGCUGGGCGCCGCAGCAGAUGCUCGCGUGGAGCGGACUGCUGCGCUACGGCUACGAGGAAGAUGCGCAGCGGCUGGCCUACAAAUGGCUGUAUAUGAUCACCAAGGCGUUUGUUGAUUUCAACGGAGUCGUCGUUGAGAAGUACGAUGUCACUCGCCCCAUCGAUCCGCACCGGGUAGACGCCGAGUACGGAAACCAGGGCGUGGACUUUAAGGGUGCACCUCGAGAAGGAUUCGGCUGGGUCAACGCCAGCUACGUGUACGGACUGGACUUCCUCAACGCGCACGAGCGACGUGCGCUCGGAACCAUCACGCCCUACGAAACAUACAGUAAAGCAUUGGCGGCACAGGGACUUUAA